AUGAAAACAGUGGCUGCCUUUGGCAACCCCCUCUUGGACACUAUCGCUAACAUACCAGAUUUUAAUCUACUACACAAAUAUAACCUAGAAAAGGAUGGACAAAAGGAGGUCGACCAGAAAACUAUGCAAUCAUUGUCCAAAGACAUCGAAGUGUACGAAAAAUCAAUAUCGGCGGGAGGUUGUAGCCAAAAUACGCUAAGAGUAUUGCAGUGGUUGUCGAGUAAACGUUUGAAAACUUACAUUUACGGUUCCGUUGGAGAUGACACAGAUGCAAUCACACUCAAGCAACUACUAGAAAACGAUGAAGUUUACACAAGGUAUUCAGUUCAGAGGAACCUUUCUACUGGUACUUCCAUUAGUUUAGUUACACAAUCAAACCGAUCUCUUGUUGCAAAUGUAGAGGCAGCUGAAAAUUAUUCACUAAAUGAUCUGCUUGCAUCUGACUAUGAGGAAGUUAUUUUGAGAUGCAGCUAUGUUUACAUCGAAGGAUUUUUCUUGACUAAAAGGAAAGAUGUCGUGAAACAUGUUGUAAAUUAUUGCAACAAAAAUCGCAAGCUUCUUAUAUUCAACUUAUCUGGACAAUAUUUGGUGGAACAAGAAACAGAAUUGGUCACUUUCUGUAUUGAGAGAGCUGAUGUUAUAUUUGGAAACAAAAGGGAAUAUGUGGCAUAUUGUAAAUUGCACAAUUUACCAGACAUAAAGAGUUUGGCUCACCAUCUGAUCAAACAUACUGAGUACAAACAUGGCGCAAAUAAAAUUGUAAUAGUAACAAAUGGUGCAGAAGACGUGUAUUGUUACGACAACUCGGACAUCGAAUAUAAAUUUAUAGUGCCUCCAGUUCACGAGUCCGAAAUCGUUGAUACAACUGGGGCCGGCGACGCAUUUGUGGCAGGAUUUAUAGCUGGUUUGCUGGCAGGAAAAACACUAAAUCAAUGUUCAGAAAUUGGAUGUUAUGCAGCUCACAAUAUUAUUAAAUUACCUGGUUGCACUCUGCCUGAUUUUAAACCUAAUUUAGGUGUCCUCUUGGAAUGAAUUACGAAAAGUGUAGUUAAAAUAUAAACUUACCUUUGUAUUAUUUUCACGAUAAAUAAAAUUUAUUCACGCACAA